CCUCCUCCAUUGGCACACACCGCAACUUACCUACCUAGCCUUCUUCGUCCUCAAGAACACCCGUCUAGCUAGCUCUUUACACAUCCCAUAACAUUGUUGUUGUUUUUGUUUUGAGUCUGUCUUCUCUGAUUUCACAAAUGGGUUCUCAAAGAAGAAAUCAGUGCUUAACGGUAAUGAUUUUUGUUACCAUUGUUCUUGGAUCAUGUUCUCAGCAAGUAUUGGCAGCUAGGCCAUUGAAAGGAGAACGGUGGUCGGAGAAGAUUGUUGGAAAUAUCCAGUCUCUCCAAAGGGGUCCGGUUCCACCAUCUGGGGGGUCUCCAUGCACCCAUAUUCCUGGCCGUGGUAGUGGCAAAUGCUCCUUGGGUGAAAUGAAUUUUGCUGGCCAUACUGUUGCUCUUGCACCACCUGCCUUUCCUGACGCCAUCAUGAACUUCGGCGCCGCAGCUUCUACCACCAGUGGAACUCAUAAACAAGAUUCAAGCUCUUGAAUAUCGGUCUUAGGGAUUGAAUUAAUUAUACAUGCAGGUUCUUUCCAAGUUGUGAAUAGCCGAAAUAAACGAAGGAUGGAGAUGCUCAGCUUUAACUUCAUACUUUCUUAUUUUUUUAUUUUUUUUUUAUUUUUUUUUGGAGCAACCACACUUGAAAAACAAGAUGGUGGUUUAGAAACAAAUGAUAUUUGAUGUUUAUUCAUUUUACUUCAAUGAAUAUUUAACUUGAUUCUUUUAGAUUAUAUAUUAUGCUGUCUUGUUGUAAUUGUUCAGAGAGUUUUGGAAAAGAAAAGAUAUAUAUAUAAUUAGUUCAAUUACAUCAUUAAUCAAA